GCUGCUCGCGCUUGCAAUCACUGGAGCGCUUUCUGUAAGAGGUGGAGAGUGAUCAGUUGUCGGCUGCACCAUGGAAGCAAACGCAUUUCUGGAUUGAGGGGAUAAGGACAUAAAACCGUCAACUCCUCUGAGUCACGUUUUCCCUUCGAGGAUUUGAAAUUGUCUGUGUUUUCGUUCCCUCUCCUCUUUUCGCUGAAAGAAAGAGGAUGACCUUUUUUCUCCGCUGGCGUGACGCAAGUCUAGAUACGUUCAAGUAGUUUUAGAAAGUUUUGGCAGUGUGCUCAAUCUGUAAAAUCGAGGACAGCGUUGGCGCUGUAUGCUGACUUAAUAAAUACUCUCGGUAAUCAGAUUUUUUUUGUUAUUUAUUACCAAGCCGCCCCGCAAGCUCACUCGUCAUAUGUUUUCAUACAAGAUGUUCAUCUGUCUGUUAGCCGCUGCGUGUUUACUGGGGAUACCCCGAGCCACGGCAGCGUCAUGUGAACCUAUCCGCAUCCCGAUGUGCAAGGCCAUGCCAUGGAACAUGACCAAAAUGCCCAAUCAUCUUCACCAUAGCACCCAGGCCAACGCGGUUCUAGCAAUCGAACAAUUCGAAGGGCUACUUGGGACACAGUGUAGCCCAGACUUACUGUUCUUCCUUUGCGCUAUGUAUGCUCCAAUAUGCACAAUCGACUUCCAGCACGACCCGAUUAAACCGUGCAAGUCUGUGUGUGAGAGAGCGAAGUGCGGGUGUGAGCCAGUCAUGAAGAGGUACAAUCAUACCUGGCCGGAGAGCUUAGCAUGCGAGGAUCUGCCUGUUUAUGACCGAGGAGUCUGCAUUUCUCCCGAAGCCAUUGUGAAAGCAGAUGGCCCAGAUAACCCCUACUAUCAGGACCCUUCAAAAUGUUCUCCUGAAUCUUCUCCGGAUUUUCCAAUGGAUUCUCAUAGUGUCAACUGCAAAAGCCCCAUGGAGCGAUGCAAGUGUAAACCUGUGAAGCUUGCCAUGAGGACCUACGUUAAGAAUAAUUACAACUAUGUGAUCCGCGCCCGAGUGAAAGAGAUCAGGAGUCGGAAUCAUGACCUGAGUGCAGUUGUGGAAGUGAAAGAUGUUCUGAAGUCGUCUCUGGUGAACAUCCCUCGGGAGACGGUGACCCUGCAUUAUAACUCCGGGUGCCUCUGUCCGUCUCUCAGCGUGAAUGAGGAGUACAUCAUUAUGGGCUAUGAGAGCGAGGAACACUCCAGACUGCUUCUUAUUGAGGGAUCCAUCGCACAGAAGUGGAGGGACAGGAUUGGACGUAAAGUUAAGCGCUGGGAUCAGAUGGUUCGAGAGCAGAGUAAGGGCAGCUCUAGCCGUGGCACCGUGAGGAAGAGAGGCCACUGAGACCAGGGGCAGCCUGCGACAGAUACAUGGACCAAAAAAACAGAACCAAAAAAGUAUGUCAUCAAACUGAAAAUUUGCACUAUUAGACAUUCUUCUCAUUUUUUUUCCCAAGUUCAGUUGAUUUGAGAGAUUAUUGUGGUGUUUUGUUUUGUUUUGUUUUUCAUUUUUACCAUGUACUAUAUUUUUUAUAACCUCUUUUUUAAAAAAUGUUUUAUUGCCUUUGCACGAACAAAAUGUUCAUUUAACAUUGCUGUGCUUACUUGUGGAGUGAAGCCUUGUGUGGAAAGGGCACCCGGGGCGUGUUUGCAGAAGGAUGUGGGGAGGUGAGGGCUAGGUUUAACCAGACAUGGAGAUUUAUCAAGCAGAACCAGAAGGAGAGAACUGGAGGAGAUACCAGAGUGUUCUACACUGCUCAGUGCUCCUCUGCUUUUUACACUUUUAAAGGACACAAACACACACUGCAGCUGCAAGGCAUUUUCCCUCCAGAGGAUUAAAGAGUCUCUUCAAAGGGAAACCAGUGCAUGGGGGGAAAAGCAUCUUUUGGCAAGAAUUACAAAGAGAUGUCAAGUUGAUCCAAGACUGGGAAAGAAUGUUAUCAAGGACAACAAAAACCAAGUGUUAGGCUUUUUGAAUUAUGUUCAUUUUAAAGGAAGGUUUUACACAAUAUUUCUGUAGUUCUGUUUUCUGUUAGACAUGCAUUUGAUUUGUUUGACCUGAGCUGUCAUUCUUUGGAGGAGUUUUGUGUAAGAAUGUGUAUUAAGUAAAAUACAACUCUCUUUGAUACUAUAUAACAGCUGCUUUUCAACUGGACUGUUCUACCAAAGCAGCUGCACCUAUCUGACAGUUUUUACAGUUUUUAUAUUUGCUGCAAACUGCAAACCAUUGCUCAUUCUGUUUAACAUCAUGCUGCAUUAAACAUAUUAGUCUGGUGUCUA